AUGCGCCUCUCAUCUACCUUCAACAGCAUUCUCUCCGCCGUGAGCGUUGCGCAUGCCGCGCCAGAGCCAGUCAUCAUCACAGAGCUUCCACAUCCCCCUAUCAGUACGCACAAGGUUAUCAACAACAGCACGUUUCCAAAUGGGGAUGCGUGGAGUCGUAUCACUUACGGUGUAUCUGAGGAAAACCAGGCUGGACGUGUUGCAGCGCUCGACUAUCCGCAAAACUUCAACGACGGCAAGCGCUUGCUGGCCGGCCCGCGAAUGUUUGAGUGCUCAGCUAAACUUGCCAGCGGAGCUUGUAGCCCAGACCAGGUCCAUGUCUACCCCAUCAGAUGGAAAACAGCCAUGAACGUGUCAGGGAUCGGCGGGGCCAUUCGCGAGUUACGCAUUCGUCCCAACAACGAGCACCUGGGCUUCAACUCAUUCACCUAUCACGACUUUCCUGAUGACGGCGCCAACGUGCCGGUGGAAACUGAGCAAGUCAAUUUGGUCGUCACUUCGGUGAACCCGAGCCCGACGGGGAAGGACAUUGACUGGGUAUCAGACUUUGUUCAGACGGGGCCAAACGAUGGUACCAAGAAGACCAGCCCUGACGGCUUACGGUUGACCACUGAUCUCCUGAUGACCAUCUUCCAGGCCAAUGGCAUAUUGACGACCACGAUCAACGGCGAGGAGUGGCUCCAGCCUGCGAAUGGGAUUGAGACCAGCCGAUGGCUCCGAGUAUCUUGA